UCUCCCAGAUUUCCCAUGAAGCUUAGCGUGUCAAUAACAAGCUGUUGGCGGGAAAUGUGAUGCCAGAGGCGUGACAUCUGGGGACAGUGAUGCGCGGAUAUUGACUUUAAGAAGAACUAAAUCACCGACAUGACUAGGCCACAGAACUCCGACGGGAGACCACAGUUCUACCUGCGUAGAAUCAGCCAUUGCACACUUAAUACUGCAGCAAAUAACAUCUGCUUUAGCAACAGAAUCACGUUUGUUGGACGAGGGGACAAUGUCCACUACCUGGUCAGCUCUUCGGCAUGGCCGCAGCGAAUCUUCCUGUCACGGCGCCACUGUCGUCUGGUCCGGUCAGCAGCGGACGACUCCCACAGGCUGAUCGACUCCAGCAUGACAGGAGUGUACGUCAAUGAUGUCAAGAUCGCUGGAUCCUGUGUAUUAGAGGAGGGGGAUGUGGUGACGUUUGGCCACCCCAAGGGUGAUACCAUCAAGGCUGGGACCAGGGUGAGACAACCAGACUCGGAGCACCAGUUUGUGUUUGAGGCCUGCCAAUGUAUUGCUGAAAACCCUCAACAGGAAGUGGUCCAGACAGGUGUCCAUAAAAGACACAAGCAGCUUGUGGGUGCUGCACCUACAACUCCAGAAAUGCUUGGGUCCUUCCGAGUGCCAAAGACAGUCCCCAAAAGGAAGGCACAGUCCCCUGCUGUACUUACACAUGGCCGCCCUACACAAGGAGGGGCCUCUUCCAUAGGCAGUAGUGAAACCACACCUCCGAGUUCGAGACGAAGGCCGCAAACCCGAAGUCAAGGUCGGCAUGUCACAAACCCUGGGUCAAGGUCAUCAACGCGUCCUUACACGACCCAGAAAGAUGUGGGCAUCCAAUCAGGCGAGUCGUCACUGGAAUCAGACACAGACACAGAAAUGGGAUUCCUAGACGAAACGAGGAAGACCAUGGUAAAGGGAAAGGCGUCAGAAAAAGACGUAUGUAACCAUGUCAAGGACAACUGCAGUGAAAAUCCCAAGCAAAGUGCACCAGUGCAAUCCCCUGCUAGGUCUACCAAGUCUCUCGGAUCUAAGAAUCAAGACCAAAAUGGCGUUGGUAAAAAAGUAAGUAGCACAGACACAGCAGAAGAGCAUGUGGAAGACCAUCCUCUAGACUUGACCCUGAAAUUUGUCCAAACUGGUUUUGCUAAUGAAGUCGAUCUACAAGAAGUGAGCCAAAAUGAACAUCAGCUUGGAGUCCAAACUCUUGAUGGGAAGUUGACCUCAAAAGAUAACACAACUAACAACAGUAAAGCAGACAAACAGCCAGAGGAUGGGGCCCAAGAACCUUCCAAUGAGCAAGUUACUGUUGAUGAACAGAAAGAAGUACUUCAGCAAAAUGCACAGUUUGGUGAUGAAGAAAAUGUGAGAGAGGAGCCCAGCAAGCAUUCUUCUCAGGAUGAAACAGACAUGGACGCAUCCAUACAGCAAGGUCAGAAAGAUGCUGAAAGUGCCAAAGUAGUAGAUAAUGAUCCUAUGGUAGUUACUAAAGCUGGAGCUGGUGCCAUGGAGGAUGGGUUUCUACCAACACUUCUUGCAGUAUCUUCAAGGGAUGCAUAUGAAGACAUGUCGUCAGGACACUCUGUGCAAUCAACUGAAGAUAGUGUCCUUUCAAAAGAGACCGGAGAGGAAACUCCAGACAUACAUGGUUUGGUAGAAGACACUUUAUCACCUAAAAAAAUCUUUGAAGAGUCUCCCAAGUCUCCCAAGCCAAUGGAGGAUAGCAGUGGACAGUCUCCAGAUAAGGUGUUAGUUGAGGGUGAUCCCUGUAGUGUUGAGGGGACAGAGAUAGCUGAUGUCCAAACAGAUGAGCAAGAGAUAAAGGAUACCUUUGAAGACAAACUGACUGAUGUAGAUGUUGCAACCAUGUCACCCAAGCCAGUAGAAGAUAGCAUGGUACAGUCUCAAGAUAAUGUGUCUGUUGAGGAUCAACUUAGUCUUGAGAAGAAAGAGAUAGCUGAUGUCUCUACAGAUGAGCAAGAGAAAAAGGAUACCCUUGCAGACAAACUGACUGAUGUAGAUGUUGCAGCAAUGUCUCCCAAGCCAGUAGAGGAUAGCAUUGCACGGUCACCAGUUGAGGAUCAUCUUAGUCUUGAGAAGAAAGAGAUAGCUGAUGUCCCAACAGAUAAGCAAGAGAUAAAAGAUCCCUUUGAAGACAAACUGACUGAUGUAGAUGUUGCAACAAUGUCUCCCAAGCCAGUGGAAUAUAGCAUGGUACAGUCUCAUGAUGAUGUAUCAGUUGAGGAUCAUCUUAGCCUUGAAAAGAAAGAGGUAGCUGAUGUCUCAACAGAUGAGCAAGAGAAAAAGGAUCCCUUCCCAGACAAACUAACUGAUAUACAUGAAGACACUCCAGUCAAGUGUCCUGACCCAGUUAAGAACAACAUUGUCCAGUCUCAUGAUAAUGUAUCAGAUGAGAGUCAUCAUAGUGCUGAGAAGAAAAAGAUAGCCCUUACAGAUGAGCAAGAGAUGAAGGGUCCUAUUGUAGAGAGACUGACAGAUGAAGAUGGUACUACCACGUCUCCUAAGCCAGUGGAGGAUGAAAGCAUACAGGUGAUACAAGAUGAUAGUUCAAUUAAGACCUCAGAGGAUGAACAAGAUUUGUCCUCAACUGACCCAUCUAAUCAGACAGAGGAAAAAGACUCUGAUGUCAAGAUUGAUGACUUAACCAAUUAUCAGUACAAAAACACAACAGCAAGUCAGUCAGAAGAUAAGACAAUGCCAACGGAAGGGAAGGUCACUGAUCCAACACUGACAGAGCCUUCCGUCUUAGAAGACGAAGUUCAGAUGUCAGAACUGUUGCAAUCACCUAAGAAACCAGAGCCACCAUGUAACAGGUCAGCCAUAGAUGACACAACUGUGCUCCAGGUAGAAGAAGAUGCUCCAUUGACUGAUGGAAUGGAGAAGGAAGAGAAUGAUCUUGAAGAGACUAACGUGUCACACACUUCUCAACGUACCAGCAUCACUCCCUCUCCUGAAGAAAAAGAAAAUAAGCAAGUGAAAGAUGUAUCUGAUCAUAUUGUCUCAAGUGAGCCUGGGAGUGUGGAUAAUGAUCCAAGCAUCUCACCUCCCAGCCCCAUUAGAGAACAGCUACAUGAGAAGAGCACCCUAAAGAUAGCUCCGAAUGACAGUACUGCUUGGGUCUUAAAGGAAUUUGAGGAUCUGGAAUGUUCACCGGAGAUUCCGACUGUCUCUAAAACUUUCAACACAAAAGACGCAUCCCAAGACUUGUCACAGCGGUCGUGCGAUGUUCCCAGCUCAGAGAACGAGAGAGAGAAAGAGACGAUACCCUCAAGCCAGGGAUCAAACAGAGAAUUUGACAGUGGAGAAUCUUCUGACGACCACAUGGGAAUUCUGAGACUCAGCCCAAGUGGAAGGAAUGGUGACAAUUCCUCACAGUCACAGAGUGAUGUUGAAAAUGAGGACGUGGAAACGCCACUGAGUCAGAACUCGACAUAUAGUGACUUCGGCUUGUCAGGAGUAGUACCGUUUGUGGCAUCUCCAACUGAGAGUCAGGAAGACAGCAGGGAAGCUUUAUACAGUAAAGUCGUUGCAGAGAUACAAGCAAAUGAAGAGAACACAGCAAUGCCUACACACUUUGGAACACAAAAUGGAGAUGCUAAGGACAACAACAGUACAACAGGCUUCAAGAAGUCAGUGACUUGGGACAUAACAGACUCUUGUUUGGACACAGACGAUCAGGAAGAUGACGACCCAAGCAGGGAUGAUUUGGAUGACGACUUCAGCGACAGGGACUCGAGAUUCAUUAUCUCAGACUCCAUCGACUACAGAGCUGAAGAUAACAACUAUCCCAGUGAGAGUGAAAGCUCCAGUUCCGAUGAAGAGGAACCCAGCAACACACCCAUAGAAGGGGUUGGUCUAGGUUUACAAAUGUCCGACAGUGAAGGGGAGGCUGAAGAAAGAAGGCACAGUAGUCAGUCUGUUUCACAACACAAGGAACAUCCCAGUUGUGGUCAUCAAGUAAAGAAUCAAAGCAAAGACGUCAGUGAUCCACAAGAAGAGAGCAAUGAAGAAAAGAUUGAAAACGAGAUAUCAGAGCCUACAGAUAACGAGGAUUCACCAUCAGGCAACUUCCCAGAGACAAGCACACAACAAACUAAAACUGAAGAGGAGAAGAACAAAGUCCUCCCACUUGAAGAGAUAUCUCCUGUUGAUGCACGUUUGUCUCAAGUUUUGCAAACUCAAGUAACGGGGACUGGAAAGCUUCCAAACAUGAAAGAAGAUGAAGAAGAUGUUGUCAAGGUCACAGAAUCCAACCCACGGGUGGUGACAUCAGGGAUCUCCAUGGUGAUCGAGAGUUCAAGUUCACACGAGCAGCAGAAUCAAGACAGGGAUAAUGACAAUGAACGUGACAUUUCAAAUCCUCAUAUCAAUCAGGAAGAGGCUUCUAAUUCAUCUCUUGAGGAGUCUGGGUCAAAGGGACAGCUUAACACUGAAUCUGAUCAGAGUGCCAAUGGGAAACUGUUGUGUGCAGAUAAUGUCAAUACACACAACCAUGUUGAAGAGAAAAACACUGCCAUAGAUGAUCAGCCAUGUGUAGUUGGAACUGAAGCCAUGUCAGGUUCAAAAAGGCCACAUGACGAGAACGAUACAGUACUGCCACAGAACAAGAGAUUACUCCUGGAUGCACAGCUGGAAGAGAAAGAUAAUACUGAGGUUGAAGGGUUUACGUCAAUGGAUGUCACAUCUGAAGGGUGUGAAAAUGUUGCUGAGGAUUUGCCAUGUGCCACAGAAGACAGCUUUGAAGUGCAAUGUGACAUACCUGAAGUUGUAGACACUGCACAUUUGAAGCAGAUGUCUUUGCCACUCAUUUUGGUGAAAAGUAGAGCAGACUGUGUGAGAGACGUGGUCUUAGAUUUCUUCGCUCACCGUUUCUUUGUCAACAAGAUAUCCUCAAAGUUGGACAAGAUAGCAGAAGACGCCAGAAAGCAGAAAGUAGCAGAGGAAGUGAAGAAGUUCUUUGCAAGCGAUGCUUGGAAAGAACAGCCCAAAACUACACCUAUGGAGGACUCUGUUGAACCUGUAUCAGAAAUGGCAUCAUCAGAUAGCAACUCAAGUGCCAAAAAGAGGGACGAUUUCACUCAUAAGGAAAGUUCAAGUCUUGAGGUGGACAAGAGGAAAGUUAUUGAACACGCCGUGUAUGAAUUCUUCAGGAAGAAGAACUUUGCAGCAAAGAAAAAGGAAGACUUGGGAACGGAAGUAACUGCACCUAGUGUGACAGAAGAUAAAGUGCAGACAAUGCCAAACAAGAGGCGUAACAGCGAAGAACAAAUGCUAGAAAAUGCACCAGAGGCGAAGAGACAUAGGCUUCAGGAGGUAUUAAAAGAUCUUGAUGGUCCAAGCAGUGAAGGUACACUAAAAGUACAUGAAAUAACACCACAGGGACCACAGCAGCCUGACGUGUGUAGGGAAUCUAUUGGAGAUAAUAGAGAAGAAGUAAACAGCAGUCAGAAGUAUAUCUCUUCAUCAGAAAACCAAGAUUGUAAGACCUUUGCUGAUAUCCAGGAAGACAACAAGGAGCAUGAGGUCGAAGCCAACCAAGACAAACAAAAUCCAACACCUGAACGAGAUCAAAAGGACAAGAACAGAGAAGAAAUAAGUUGUGAAACAUCCAAUACAAAUGACAAAUACAAUACAAAUACAAAAGACGACAAAGAGACAGAUACACCUGAAGAGAUGAAUGUAGCCAUGGAAAGAGAAACCAGUGACAAAGAUGGAUAUAAACUUGAGACCUCUACAGAAGAGAUGGACAUACAUGUUGAACCAGAACAGCAUAAUGACAAAGAAAUUACAGUAGAUGCAAAGGAAGUGCAUAUGGAGAUAUGUUUGUCAACAGGAAGUGACUCAAAGGAUUUAGACAAUGUAGAAGUAGACUCUGAAGAUAAAGAAAGUAAUAGCCUUUCCUUAGUGUCACUUUCAGCUAAAGAAAAUAUCAUGCCAUUGGAAGAAAGUAUUGAGGAAAGUCCUGCACAAGCCAGUGAGGACGAAGUGUUGGCUACUAAGAAUCUGUCACAAGAUGAUUUCUCAGAGAAUGGUCCCUUGACAACUACAGAUGCUGUAAACAAUAAGGACUGUAGUGAAAUCAUGCUUGACACUGCUAGUAGUACUCACUCUCCCAUUGAGAUAAAAGAAGUGCAAUGUCAGGAUUUGGCUGAAGUAGACAACAAAGUUGACAAUGAUGUGUUGCAGUCAGAUUUAUCAUCAACUGAGGAAGUAAGGCUUGAAAAGCCAUCUAGUAUCUUACCGUCAGACAAUGGUACAGUCCCUCCCAGUCAAAGUAAAGAGCCAGGUCAGAAUUCUCAAGAAGAUGUAGUACCAGAAGUGUGCAAUGAUAUUACUGUGCAAGACGACAGUGGUAGUGGUACUGAUGUCAACUCUGACUCAUCUCUCCCCUCGCCGGAACGUUAUUCUGACUCGGAAUCUGACAAGGAUUCUAACUACUCAGACAACGACAGGUUUCUGUCCUCUAACUCUAUGGAGUAUGGAGCUGAGUACUACAGUGAGGAAGAUGGCGAUGAGAGUGAUCAAGAUGAUGAGGGCAAUAAUAGCAGUGAAGAUGAUGAUGAUGAUGAUGAUGAUGAUGAUGAUGCAAGCAGUGAACAUGAUGAUGAUGAUGAAGAUGGCUGCUCCAGUACCCCAAAGUCACCACCAACAAGUAGCACUGCAGAAAAGACCAACAUUGCAUCAAAGGGUUGCCCUGAUACUGAACAGAAUUUGGAGCCAUCCAAGGCUGGAAUGUCUGGUGAAUUAGACUAUGCAAAUGAAGUUGUUAUUGAGGAGACAGAAAAGCAAAGUAACGAGGCGGCCCUGCAGGGUCUGAGCUGCGACUUUGAUGAUGAUGAUGAGUUCAGCGCACCACACAUCAACAUUGAUGACAUUGACUUUGAUGAUGACAAUUUUGGUGAUGACAGCAUCCCAUCAAUGGAGACCAGCUCCAGUCUGCACUCUCCUAUAACUAGUGUAGGAAAAGCUAUAUCAGCUCAAGAAAAGGCAAAUAAGGCAGCUGUGCAGGCAUCAGAAAUUAAGACAAGUAAGAACGUCACAAACGUAGCACUAACUGAGGACAACCUUGGACUUGGAACAAGCCGAGAAAGUGCAAAAGACACAGUAACAAAACCUCCAGCUUUCAAGUCAACAAGCCUAUCGUCUAGCAAGGAGACAGCAGACACAACCCCAGGUGUGGGGAAGGGUAAGGAAAACUCAGGAACGACUGAAGAAACCCCUGGGGUGCUGUCAACUAAUGCUGGAAGGACAAGACGCCGCCUGGUGGAUACUCCAGGAAAGGUGACCACAGACAAUGCACCCAGAUACAUGGAGCAGUGCCAAACCAUCCUGGCCAGUCUACAGGGAGCACUGGACAGGGAGCCCAGCUUAAAGGACAUAUCCAGGGUGCAGGCAUGGAAGAAGGAGGCUGCUAAGCUGGGUGAAAAGAUGUCCCUCCCGGAGACCAUCAUCGCGGUGGUUGGCGACACGGGCGCGGGAAAGAGCAGCCUGAUGAACGCCCUGCUGGACCAGUCCUCCGUCCUCCCCACCUCCGGCAUGCGCGCCUGCACCGCUGUCGUGGUCGAGGUCUCCAACAACGACAAGAACAAAAACUACGAGGCUGAGGUCGAGUUUUUGUCCAGGAAGGAAUGGGAUGAUGAGCUCCGUCUGCUCCUAACAGACCUGAUAGGAGAGGACGGUAAGGCUAAAAGGAAGCCCGACCCCCAGUCUGAGGCAGGAAUAGCCUGGAGCAAGAUCAAGGCGGUGUAUGGUAGGGUGGAGUCGUACGAUGUGCUCUCCAAGUUACCUCACGUACGACAUCUACUGGGGACCACCAAACACAUCUCAAAGUCAAGGGCCAGGGAGUUUCGAAGUGAGAUUGAUAGAUAUGUGGACUCCAUGGACGCCCCUCCCGCCAGGGGGCCUGGGUCACGGGACAGGUCAGGUGGUCAGCUCUGGCCAAUCGUGAAGCGGGUCAAAGUUCAGAUCCCCAACUGUGAAGUGUGCAGUAGUGGCGCCAUCCUAGUGGACUUGCCGGGAGUUAGGGACUCCAACGCUGCCAGGGAUAACAUAGCCAAACAGGCAUGCUUUCAUCUGUACAAAGACUCACAACCUGAGGUGUCCAGAAAUCAUAUCAGAGCUCUGAAUCUAGAAGACGAAGUAGAGCAGCUUGAGAAUGAAAUCAAUGCCCUGGAGGUAGAGAAGAUGUCGCUAACAGAGGAGCUGGAUUCACUGAAAGAAGAGGAGGAGGUGACAGAUGACGAGUUGGCAGGCAUCCAACAAGAGGUCAACGACCUGAAGGAGGGAGUAUUUGAGCUGGAACAGACUGUGGAACCUUUGGGCGAUGAGGAAGUGAUAGUUGAUGAUGAGGACAGGGAGCAGUUGAACAGCCUGAGGUCCAUCCUGGAGGAGAAACAGAACACUGAACAGGAAACUAAGACAAGCCUGAACGAUAUUAGAUCACAAAUAGCUGACAAAGAGAAAGAGAUGGCUGGUGUUGAGCGGCAGGUGUCCAGGAAACAGAAACAGAUGUCUGUGAUGUGUGCCAAGGCUCGGAACCAGUACUCACAGACUCAGAUCAGGGCUGACUUCAAGGCUGGCAUCAGGGAGAUGAAGAGGAAGGCUGGGAUGAUGGGAGAAGAUGCAGACAGUGAUGAUGAUGAGCAGGAGGAGGAGGCAGGGGACCAGGAGGAGGAAGACAUCGCCAGGGGACUGAGAGUCUUCACUGUCAGCUCCACUGAGUAUCUCAAACUCACCAACAAACUUACCAGGGACGGUCCAGCCCAAGUCUUCAGUAACGUCAAUGACACCCAGAUCCCAGCCCUGCGGGAGUUUGUUCACGAGAUGACCAACGUGCGCCGACAGAGUGGCACAGAAAAACAAAUCCGCAGCCUGGGGAGCUUCGUCAGUGACAUCGCCAGCUAUCUCUUGGAUGAGGGAACAAAGAAUCAUGGAACCCGUAUGUCAGCAAAGAGCAUCUUCGAACACCACCUGGGCAAACUGAAGACGUCCCUCCAGCCGGUCCUGGGGACCCUACAGACUGACGUGGACCGGUCCAUCAGUAUCUGUAUCCAUCCCAAGUUAAAGGAGGGUGUGGCAGCUGCAGCCAGCAUGUGUCAGGCUGUUGCCAAGAAAUGGGGGGCACCUACGUGUAAGGAGAACAGGCAAGCAGGCGGCCUACACUACAGCACGUACAAGGCCACAGUACGCAGGAGUGGAGUCUACAAGUCACCUACCUACGGUCCCAUCGACAUGAACGAGGAUCUGUCCAGCCCUCUGUACAACACCAUCACUAUAUCAUGGCAGAAAGUUUUCGACAAUGGUACGCUGUUCUUUUCGCUGGACAACUGUAAGCUCAGCAUCUUGAGUACCCUGAAAGAGUUCCUACUGAAGCUGCGUACUGAACUGCAGGCCCUGGGUAUGGAUGCAGACAGGGUCAACAGGGUGGGGCAGCAGCAGCUCAACUCUACCAAGAUGAGGUUGGACAAUGCAGUAGCAGAGCUGAAGGAGUUCAUCACAGGUCAGCAGAGAGAGAUCAGCAGGGUGAUGACACCAGCCGUACAGACCCGCAUGGAGCCGGCCUACGAGACGUGCACUAACGAGCGCGGGCCGGGCAGCUUCAACAGGAUGAGGAACCACAUGGACGUCCACGUAGCAUACGAGAAGGACGUCAUGUUCGACCAGGCGUCACAGUUCUUACUCAAGCAGCUGGCAGACUUAGAGGUGGAUAUUGUAGCCAGGAUGCAGGUACUGUGUGACCAGCUGUGCGAUGACCUUGCAGUGCUGUAUGAGCCGUUCUGGGAGGCACCUGUCCACUGUACCAUACUCAAGAAACACCUCAUGGAUGACAUGUUGGCCAUCCAUGGAAAGGUUAAGACACUGUUUGAAGAAGCAGACCUGAAGGACCUUCCACCACUGCCUGAACCAGCACCACAGUCAGCUGUCAGCCAGUCAGGACCUGAUAUAAACUUCUCCCUAAUGAACACACCAGGUUCUUCUAACAUGGCCACUGGGAUCAGGCCUACUGGCAGCAGUCCAGUCACUAUGGUAACACCGAACCAGCCAACCUUGCGGAUGAAACAAGAGUUGGUGGACAAUCACAGCUACGGCACACAUACUCCGUCAACCAGUCAGUACGGUGUCAGACAACUACCUCCCGGUGCUAUAAGUAUGAAUGCACCAGCCAAUGCUGUGACUAGUAGGGGAUUGGGACCAUCUUUCAGUGGUGUUGGUACACAUGUGCCAGCCAAUAUGCAGCCAUUCCAGGCUUCUACAAGCACAUACACCAGUCUGCCUCACAUUAAGAAAGAGGCAAGCCCACAGAUGGGUUAUGCUGGGGUAUCCACACCUCUACUCAACCCCACAGCAGUUAACCAGUUUAGGAAGAGAACCUUACAGGGUAUGACUGGCCCAAGUAACAGCCAAGCCACCACUCCUCCUGUUUUGAAGAAGGUGAAAACAGAAGAAGGCUACUUCGUCACUAUGAUGGGACAAGGUGGGCAGGUGCUCAGAUUCCCUGUUGUACAGACCAUGACACAGGUGCAACAAAACAGCUGCACCCAGCAAACAGGUGCAGCUGUCAGUCCGUUCCUGCACACCUGCAGAACAGCAGCGACACCUGUGCAUGCUUCCAAUCAGAGUUUGUCAACAAUAGCAGGAAGUUAUGGAGGCAAAACAGGCAAGCAGCCUUCAGCAAACGUUGCCACAAAGUCUGGAAAGGCAUCCACCUCGACAUAUUCCACUGGCAAAUCUGUUACAAGUCAAGGCUUGUCAAGUGCCAAAGCCAAAGGUGCAUCAUCCAAGAGUCAGAUGCACAGGCCCUCAAAUGGACAGACAGGACUGAUAGGGAAGUCGACUACUAAGAAGGGAGGCAAAGGGAAGGGUGCCCGAGGGACUCCAACAUCGGUGCCUGUUGCAAGACAGCAGGCGGGACCAGCAUUGAGGGUGAAACAGGAGCCCAGGUCUCCUCUGAGAGAAAAUCAAAGUAGGAAGAAGAGGAAAUUUCCACCAGAUGAGAUUAUUGAUCUCACCCUGGAUGACUAGGUGCAGUACAUGUCUGGAGAGGUAGGUGGCUUCAUUCCCUGAAAAACUGACAUCAACUCUACUCCCCGAAGGAAAACCAUAGAAUUCUACAACCAAGGACAUUGAACAUUGAGCCUACAUACACGAUUUUUGUGUAUUCAUACUUUUAUAGACCCAUGUUGAAGGUCUAAUGAGAGCUUUGUGAAAUUGUUGCUACAGUAGUGCAAAAUAUUGUUGUCUGCUUGGCAACCUGUUAAUUUCAAGUACUUGAAAGUAACUGUGCAUUAACUAUUCAUUGAAUUAGAAGGUAGUACAUUGUUCAUUUCUAAAAUAAUGAGAUCAUGGUGCUAAUGGUUUCCAAAAAAGCACUUAGCUUAUUUCAACAACAGUUCGAGUAAAGAAGAAAAGUUUUCCCAUUUCUUGUCAAUGUUCUGAAAAAAAUAAAACACAAUAAUGUGAAAAUAAAGAAGAAGCCACAGAAAGUAUUAAAUACUGACAGUCUCUGUAAAAUCUGGCACUUACUGUGUUGUACUUUUCAUUGACUGCAAUAUAACAUUGAUGGCAUCUAGUAUUUACAAAUGGCAAGUACUAAGGAUACAGUAGGGAAUGCCUACUACAUGUAGUAGGGUUCGUUUUUUUUAGGAAGACAUGAUCAUUUGCCAAAAGGAGAAAAGUGAAAAGGAAUAUUGUCACUGAAGCUUUUAGUUCUACUAACAGUUCACAACCAGUUAUAUUCUGUUCUGUUUAGUUAGUAGUUUACUCACCUGUUUUAUAACUCUUUUAUUUUUUUAAAAGAAGUUUAAUAUUGAUUCAGUUUUGUCCAAAUAUGUAACAUUAUGUUGAUACUCAUAGGAUCUUACAUUGUAUAACUUGUACAAGUUGUAGUCUGGUAUCCACACCUAAACUGUUGUUUCUCUUUGGCCUCUUAUUCACGGGCUUGGAAGACAUAUUACAUGUAGAUUUGGAUACCAGGGUAAUUAACUUGUAGCUAUUGUUGCAUUUUACAGUAACCAUUAAGGUAGUAGUUUAAGCUUUGUUCAAAAUCUAACUUUGUUUUAGUUUCUGAUGUUAUUGUUACCAGUUGCCUAACCUUAAAAAAUGUCACCUGUGCUUGGUCUCAUGAUGGUGCUCAGCACAUUCCAAGGUAUGCAAUAGAUUGCUUCAGUUAAAAUGAAAAUUAAGAUGGAAUAAGAUUGGACAACACACUCAUUUAUCAGAAGUUAUUUUUGCAAAGCCUAUUAGUAAGUAAUGUAAGUCUGCAGGGAUGUUCAGUUUGAAAUUCCUAUGUUCAGCAUUAAAACUGGUUGUUUUCACUCGA